CGUGACAACAACACAAUCAUGGCGUCCGCUGCUGCUCUCCGGUCGAGCAUGGGGCUGACUUUGAGACUUUCUCGAGUUAUACCGGACUGUAGGAAAUGUCCCCUGUACAGGUUAAAGACCUGCGUGAACAAUGCGGCCAGUUUACAAAGGAGCGGCCCCUUUGAUAGUCUCCGGACGAUAAAUCGACAUUUGCAGACGACUAUAGGUCUUUGCCACAAUGAGGUGGGGAGCUCCAACGCUGAGGACCCAGAGGAUGUAGUCAAUGUGGUGUACAUUGAUCGAUCUGGUCGGAGGAUGCCAGUGAAGGCCAAAGUAGGAGACAAUGUCUUGUAUCUGGCUCACAAGCACGGAAUUGACCUGGAAGGAGCCUGUGAGGCAUCACUGGCCUGCUCAACGUGCCAUGUCUAUGUGAGUGCCGCCCACUUUGACAAGCUGCCGGACCCUGAUGAGCGGGAGGACGACAUGCUGGACAUGGCCCCCAUGCUUCAGGAGAACUCCAGACUGGGUUGCCAGAUCCUUCUCACUCGAGAACUGGAUGGAAUUGAGCUUACUUUGCCCAAAGUCACCAGGAACUUCUACGUUGAUGGCCAUGUUCCCAAACCUCACUGAGAAAAUGAACUGAAGAGGAGGAUUGGGACCUUUCCUACUUUAAACUUGACAUUUGCUGAUAAAGAGAUGACCAUGAUGAGAUGCAAGGCGAGGAUUAUGAAGUCCUUAGAAACUCUCAAUGUGUCUUGCUGACGUAUAAAUUCCACAGUUGACUAAUGACACAACAGGCCUGCAGAUAAGAUCACAUAGGCCCCAACACCAAGUUACUGUGGAAUAUGACUAAGUCCAAAAAAACUGUGAUGGUUUGAACUAUAGCUAAUUUAUUUAUGGGGUGUUCUCAGGCAGGAAUUCAGACGCUGUUCAGUGGAACAGGCUGUUUUUUAAACACAUUUCAUGCUUGUGACAUACAUUGCAGAGCAAUUUUGAGUUAUUCAUAGAAAGAAACAUUCCGUGUUACAGCUCAUAUACGCACAAGUAUUACAACAUGUUUAGAGCACUUUGUCCAACAUCAUCACAGUGAUUCUCUUUUCAGACAUAUGCAUGACAUGUAUUUUUACACAUCAAGUUCAUAUGUUGCUGUCAUGGUGGCUUAUUAUGAACAUAGUUGCCAUAAUUCAGCACCAAUUCACAAAGGUUCCGUUUCUGUCAUCAUGUUAGUGGAACCAAACACAAAACAAGCCAUAAAGUACUUUAUAAAGGUGCAAGUUUGAAAGGCAGAAUUUACCUGAUGUUUAGCAAGUGAACCAUGAAUUUACGCUGCAGAAACUUACAUGUUCUACACAAGCAUUUCAAAGCAGACAGGGAAAUUGUACGUGUAAAGGCAGAAAGCACUUAGUCUGUGGUGCCGGUGAUUAUGGCUCGUUUAAUGGAUCAGGGUCAGGUGUGCUCAGAGGUUCUGAUGGGUUUCACGCUCCCACGGAAUGAGUUUACUACAUUUGCCGUUUCCCUGUUAAAUGUACUGUACUUGUCCAAACUGCGCACAAAUGUAGGAUUGUGUAUAUUGCGUCCCAGACAUUACAAAUAUUCAAAAGUUGUGCAAUAAAAUGACUUUUCCAAGUG